AUGGCGGUCAAUCGUUACGCGGAAUUCGAGACAGCUAACAAAUCGAAUGUUGUGCCAGAGCCGAUGCAACCAGAAACCCUCUUCCGUUUUCACAUGAAAGGAGUUCAUAUUCAUGGGUUUUUCCGAGCUGUACGUCAGGUCAUCGGUCCAUCAGGAAAGACAGACAUGUUCACUCUGUAUCUCCAGGAUAUCUUCUACGGCCGUUUGUUCCCUCUCUAUCGCAUUUCGCAUCAAGCUCAUAGGAACCACGGUCAACAGCAGAUAUCCAGUGGUGAGGAACAGCAGGAACCUGAAGACCAGAUGCAACAAAAUUGCGCAGUGCCUGCUACGAUAACUGGCAGCAACGAGCCGUACACCUUCUUUGCACCACCUCCUCUGCAACCACGUCCCUCCACUCAAUACCAAUUUCCUGAAGAGCCAACUGUGGUUCUACCGCUUAGUGCGAUCCCGUUCUAUGCCAUCUAUGAUCAACCAACUGAGAUACAAACGCCAUCCGAGAAUUCGUUCACUGCAUGCUUUCCGUACCAGCCGCCUCAAAGAGAACAGCACUACUACACAGAGCAGCAGCAGCAGCAAGCAGCACAAUCGAUACCAACAAGCGUUGCCUCAGAUCCUGGUCCGAUGCAACCCAAUCCUCUUAUGGAAUCCCAGAACCCCAACAGGCGAUUUGAGCAGAGAACUGGCGCACACUCUCAAGCACCACCGCAUAGCCACAACCAACCAGAAGCUAUGAACCGCGCUGGAAUGUACCACUCACCAAGAACUGGACGGCACUCCCACAAUUCAGGAAAUGCUGUAAGUUGUUCUUAA